CAACAAAAGAGAUGGACCAUAACUUUGUCUCUCUCUCUCUCUGUGUUGCCAGCGGAAUGGAUGGCAGAGGAAACUGGACAGAAAAAAAGGGGAAAAACUCCCAACGGGCACACAAGCGGUGCGGAUGCGGGCGGGGGCGUUUGUGUGGCGCGCCUCUAUCCUAUCCCUCCUCCCCUUUCUCUACCUCCUACUCUUCUCUUCAUGACGGGGCCCGGCCCGUGUCGUCGUCGUCGCCGGUUGCCAUAACACCAACACACUUGACUGGUUCUUCGCUUCCAUUUCAUUCCUCCAAACUUGGACCUAACGUGACGCCACUUCUUCCAUCCCACACUCGGGCUUUUUUCUUCUUUCUUUAUCCACUCAAAUCAAAUCAAUCAAAGUCUUUCAGCCGCAAUUUUUUCCGACUUUUUUCCACUUUUUGUUUUUCUCCACUUUGAUUGUUUUUUUUUUAUUUGGCCGGUUUCUCUCCUUCAAAACUAAACGAUUUCCGCUCCCCUUUUCUCUUUUCUUUCCCCCCAUCGGGGGCGCCACGUUUAUGAAAACGGACGAGCGAUUGCGGAUCGGCUUUAUCCCAUCCGCGUUCCGCCAUCACCGGAGGGGGGGUUUGUCUUGCCUCGGUAGUCAAAAAGAAACGGAAUGGAAUAAAUAUUCCGACAGACCGAAACGGACGCCUCAAAAUUGGCCGACAGAAAAGAAAAUAAAAAACCGGCCGGCCGGCAUGUUGGCUGGUCUUUUCCACACACCGCCCAGCACUUAACGAUGAAAAGAAGAAGAAAAAAGAAAACGAGAGAAAUAAAAAAAUAAAUAAAUAAAAAGAAAACACCUACUCCUUUAGGGGUUCGGGUUGAUUGGGUGUAACGCGCGCGCGUGUGUGUGUAUGUAUAAAAAUAAUAAUUUUCUAAAUUUUUUUUUCUUUUAGAAAAGAUUGGGAAAUCCAUCCGGCGAUGAUUCGACAGACGGCGACAUCUAGCGCUCGAAUCGUCAAUCAAUUCUCGCCGUAUGGAUUGGUGGUCGCAUCGGGAACCUCUGGGCCGACAGCCAAGAUCCUGCGCGGCACAAAGACCCACUGUGUAAUAGGUCCUUUUUUGCAGUUGUUGUUCAAGUUCUCCUACAACCAGACUCAUCACUUACUACCCUCCACACACUACGCAAACCGUCCACGUCAGUCGGCCAAGACGCAAUUUAUACAGUUGAAGGGCAGAGGAAGAAGAAGUCGACGAUGGCAGGAUCGCCGCAGCGUGAAGGAAAUGUGGGCAACGUUGCACAGGUCGUUGUCUUGGUGACGGGCGGAUGCGGAUAUAUUGGGACACACACGGUCCUUAGACUCCUGGAACAAAACGCCCAGGUCGUCGUGGUCGACAAUCUGGCCGGAGUAACUCGCGCAGGAAGCGGCGAGAAGAAACCAAUGAGCCUGGAGCGUGUGGAAGAGUUGGUGGGUAAGACAGUCAACUUCCACAAUGUCGAUAUCAGUGACGCCGAGGCCCUUGACAAGAUUUUCAAAUUGUAUCGAUUCGACUGUGUCAUUCAUUUGGCCGCCCUGAAAUCGGUUGGAGAUUCCUGCAGUUUGCCGCUCGACUAUUACCGGAAUAACGUGGCCGGCACCAUCACUCUGUUGGAGGUAAUGAAAAGCCACCAAGUCGUGAAAUUGGUCUUUUCGUCGUCGGCCACUGUUUACGGCGAGCCGCAAUAUUUGCCCGUCGACGAGCAGCACGUGACUGGGCAGCGGGUCACCAAUCCUUACGGCCGCACCAAGUACUUUAUCGAAGAAAUAUUGCGCGAUCUCUGCACUUCUGACCCGAAAUGGAACGUCAUCUGCUUGAGGUAUUUUAAUCCAGUGGGAGCUCAUCCGUCCGGAAGGAUCGGCGAAGAUCCAGCCGGAGUUCCCUGCAAUUUGAUGCCUUACGUGGCUCAAGUGGCCGUUGGUCGACUUGAGAAACUGGCAGUUUACGGCAAUGAUUAUUCAACGCCAGAUGGCACUGGUGUCCGGGAUUACAUCCACAUCAUGGACUUGGCUGAAGGACAUUGGGCGGCCACCAAGAAAAUCUUGAAGGAAAAGGGGGCCAAAGGGGAAGGAGUGGAAAGUUCCUGGCUGGCCUACAAUUUGGGUCUGGGUCGCGGCUACUCGGUCCUGGAGGUGGUGAAAUGUUUCGAGUCGGUCAGCGGCCGUCCCAUCGCCGUGGAUUUCGUCAAACGGAGGGAAGGAGACGUCGCUUCCAGCUACUCGGAUUGCAGCCUGGCCGGCAGCCAGCUGGAUUGGAAGGCCAGCCGCACUCUGACCGACAUGUGCCGGGACAUGUGGAACUGGCAGUCGAUCAAUCCCAAUGGAUACCAAUCCAAUUGACGGAAGAGAUACCGAAGAAUAAGGACAAUCCAUUGAACUCGCCAGCUCAAAAAAGUCCUUCAACCAAAAAACCAAAGAAAAAAGAAAAGGGAAAUUGUUCCAGUUCCUUUUUGUUUUUUUCUCUUAUUCUUACUUACUUUUAUAUAUAGAUGAUCUAAGAAAAACGAUGUCUAUAUUUUGAUACCCCCCACCUAGUAGAAAUAGAGCCCAAUUGAGGCUCUGCUGUUUUAUUAUUAUUAUUUCAAGAAUAAUAAAAAAAAAAAAAAAAACUUUGGAAUUUGGA